AUGAUCAGCCAUAUAGGCCUCACCGUCUCUCACCUCCCAACCUCCUGCUCGUUCUUCCUGGCCGCGCUCCAGCCGCUCGGCUACCGCUACAUCGGACAGCAGGGGAACCAAGUGGGCUUUGGACUCAAAGACGAAGCCGACUUCUUCCUCUGCCAGGAGACUCCUGGAAUCAAGGCUGGCGCCGCUCACAUUGCGUUUUCCGCGCCUGACCGCAUCGCCGUGAGGAAUUUCUACACAGCAGCCCUCACCGCCGGCGCACGUCCUCAUGGAUCCCCAGCCACCCGAGAUGCGGAAAACGGCGUCUUCAACGCCGCCGUGCUGGACUUCGACGGCAACAGCAUCGAAGUCAUGUUCAGGGAAAGCGUCGACCCCAUGGACGACUCGCAAUCCGUCGGCGGCUUCAGCCGGGUUCUGACUUGGCGGAAGUCGGUCAACGGAAGCGUGCGUGACGACGAGUCCGUUGUCAGCGGCUCUACGGUGAGGACAGCCACCCGGACCGUCGUCCCGUACCAGGCACCCAAGAGUGCCGGACCUGGCUCCAUGUAUGCCCCGUCCGUCAAGGCCGAGUCGGUUGCGCCCAGCUUGCCGCGGACACAGUCUGCGCCUGUCGUGCCCAGGGCCUCGAAAGAGGAACUGAACCCGGAACUCAUGGCGGAUGCCGGUGCUCGAAAGAUCAUCGGCACGCUCAUCGGUGCCGCGGCUGGUGCGGCCGUGGCCUACGCCAUGGUCAAGAGCGAGCGCGACAGCGCCAAGGAAGAGGCUGCCGCCAUCGCUGCGUCUCAAGCCGGAUCGCAGAGGGCGCAGUCUGUGAGGGAGCCUUCUCAGAAAGCGCCCAGUGCCGCGCCGCAGUCCGAGUACGGCUUCACACCGUCUCAGGUGCAGCAGAUGAUCCAGUACGAGCGUGCGCCCUCACAACGCAGCUGCAGCGAGACGGAAUCCAUGUACAGUGCUCCGCGCCAGCGCAUGGCCAUCGAGGCGGCACCCCCACGCAGCACGCAUGCUCCCACGCUGGUGUCAGCCCUGCAGUCGGGCGCCACGACCAUCAAGCAGGCCCACCGCAACUUCAGCGAGACCGAGUCCAUGUACAGCUCGGCCGACAGCCGCGACCGCUAUUCGCGUGCGCUGGAAAACGCGCCGCAGACGGCCAAGAACCUCAAUCCUACGUGCGUGUCAGUGGCGCCAACGUCGGCGUCGAAGCGCAACGAGGACGUCGAGUAUAUACCCGCCUCGAGCGUCGGAUCGCGCAGUACCUACUCGCGCAAGAGCAGCGCGCCUUCCGUCAUCUCCGAGAUGCCCAGGAGCAGCCGCGCCCCUUCGCAAGCCCCUUCCAAGUCUGGCUCCAAGGCUCCUUCUCUCAUCUCCAGCUUCCGGCCCGACGACGAUGACGACCGCAAGUCGCACGCCUCGGAGGCCCGCCGCAGCAGCGCUCCCAGCGCCCACAGCUCACGCUCCAGGGCCGACCGCCUCGACUCGGUGGACGAGAGCGCCGAGCGCCGCAGCACAGCGGGCAGCACGCGUUCGCACCACAGCUCCAAAUCGAAGGCCAAGUCGCUCAUCUCCAGCUUCGCCGCCGAGGACCGCGAAGACUACCCGCCGACGCCGCCAAAGUCAACGGCCCCCUCGGCCGUAGAGCGCCGCAGCUCGGCCGCCAGCGUGCAUUCGACCAAGUCAAAGGCCUCGACCGCGAAGCCGCAGGAGAGCUCAAAGGCCCCCUCCCUGAUCGGCAGCAUCCUGGGCCGCAACAAGGCAUCUGGGGACGACGACGACGGCCCCUCUGACCUCGACACCGUCGCGCCCUCCGACUCCAUUUCCAACGCCGGCUCGUCUCGGUCGUCGCUGCGCCGCUCGUCGCGGAAGGAGGAGCGGGAGGACGGUGACGAUGCGCGCAGUUCUCACAGCAGGCACUCUAGGCACAGCAAGCACAGCAGCCACUCGAGGCACUCGUCCAAAUCCAAGCACCGUGACGACGAUGACAAGAAGAGCCACGUUUCCUCGCGGUCCCACAAGAGCAGCUCGAGCCGCAGGAGCGAGCGCAAGGACGACGACGUCGUGCGCCCGUCGACCAUCAGCGAGCCGAGCGAGGCUAGCACCAUUAAGCCGUAUAAGCCGCGUAAAGACAGUGUGGUGAGCCUGCCGACCAGGAAGCUGGAAGGCAGCAUGGUCGAAGGCGGCAAGAAUAGGAGUGUAGUGAGUUUUGCUGGCUGA